CCCCUCAUGGGCGCUGUCAGGGCAUGUCCGCGGUCGCCUCAUCGCGGCGGGGGCUGCUCCCACAGACCCUCCGGCUCCGUCAGGAGCAGCCGGGUGUGCCGGGUACCCGCAGGUGCACCAGUAACACGGCCCUGGUCGGCCGGCCGGGGGCUGCUGUCCCCAGGGCUCGUGUCCCUGCUCCCGCCUAGUCCAAAGCCUCCCCCUCGCUUGUGCCUCCCCGCAGCCGUGUCCCGGGGGACGGCGGCCAAGUGCUUCUAGCAUCCAGUAAACCAUCUCUCUUAAACACCCUUUCAGCUCAGCCUGAGCCCCACCGUACCUUUUUUAUCCUUUCUUCCCUCUUAACAGUCUGCUAUUUGAAAAAAAAAAAAAAAAUCCUUAAAGUCUUCUGUUUACGGCUAACAGAAACGAGAUUAAAAAUACUCAAGAGUAACGGGGAGCGUCGAGGUCACUGCUGCUCUUUGAGUUAACCUUCUCUAAGUAAAAUACCCCCCGGAGGGGUUACCUCGGCAACAUCGUGUAAACUCAACAGCCUCGUGUCACCUGCAGAAAGAAGAGCCUGUGAACUCCGCAGUGAGGAAAAGACGCCGAAAGUCGAAUCCAAAAGUGUGUAAUCGCUGUUGAAUUCCUCGCUGGCCAGCAAAGGAAGGCGGCCAACCUCCUCAGUUAUUAUUUUGAAGUGGGCUUUGUGCAUCCAAAAAAAAGUGCAGAGUUUGGAGUUCACCAUCUGACUCUUACUAGACUAAUAUAACGGGAUGAACGUUUUGAUGGAUUAUCCAUAGGAAUGAGAAAUCAAGAGUGCUUCUAAGCUACUUUUGCACAGUUCAUUGGAUGAUCUUGAUCAUAGGUUUCUGGACCUUAAUACAUUUAAGGACAGUAUGUCUGAUAACCAACAAAAUAAGAGGAGAAGCAAAAAAGGUUGUGGAAGUGUUGCUGCUCUUCAGGAUGCAGAUAAGACAAUGGAAGAAAUGUAUCAGUCAUACAAAGCUCUAGGAAAAAACAGCCAAACAGCAUCAACAUCCAGACCAUGGCCAGACCAACAAGUGGCACGUUUUCCAAGUAAAAAUCUGUUUGCAUUACAGAAGAGACAUCCCACUUCUUUAUCUUUCUUCCCAAAGAAAGACUACAUGGGGUAUGCCUUUGACUUCAGCUUUCUGCUACGGACCUCGUGCCCAGAAUACAACAUUUUAAAGUCAUUCGUGGAUUUAGAUACUUUUCAGAUAAUAAAAGCACAAACACAACAAAGGUUAAAUAUAACAAUGCUAAAAACCAGGAACAAGAGAUCUAAGUUUCAUCUACCACCAGUGACAUGUGAGCCUGUAAGAACAAUUCAUCUUGCUCCUCUAGAGGAUGAUAUUGUCAAUGAAAGCAGCAACAUCAGAAAUAUUUUAAAUAUUAUGAACUCUAUUCCUCAGCCUAUAAAAUCAGUUACCGAAUUUUAUCAUAAUCAGUUAGACAAUCUAUUCAAAAGGCACGGUGAAAAGUCAUCAGACUUGAUUGUGGCUACAAUUUCUGAUAAGGUCACUCCAACAGAAGACCUGUACUGCUUCAGCAUGAGGAACUGUUCUAAGUACCCCAACAAGAAGAAAGAAGGAAUUCAAAGCCAUUUGGGAUGGAGGGAAGCUGAGGUAGGUGCCCACGCCAAGAGCAAUGAGCAGGUGAUGUUCCAGUGCUCAGCGGUUUGUGAGAGCACCGAUCCUGUGAGCCAAGCUGGGCUCUGUGGUGACGGUCACCCCCACCUGAGCUCCAGUGAUGCUCUGGUCAGCUGUGGCAGAGCUCAGACAACAUUUACCAUGUUGAGCAGCAGCGAUGCCUCAAGAGCUGGCAAUGAGCAAAGGGCAGCAGAGAAUUGCUGCAGCACUGGCCCUGAAGAAGGAAAUGUUGCAGAGCUGGCGCUGGAUUGUGCACCAUGUGAAGGUGCUGAAAGUGCAAACUCUGUGCUUGGCAAUCAUGAUGUAGAUCCUUCCUGUGAAAAUGAAGUGGCAGAGGCCUACCAUACCUUAGAAGAUAAUUCUGUAGUUGCAGUAAUUCCCACAGCAGAAGUUCAAGAUCCCUCUGGAAAACAAACAGAAAAUCGUGUCUGUCUCUCUGAAUCUGAAAUGGAAAAAGAAAAAAUGUCAGAAGCUACUCUGGAAGACCAAAGUGAGCUUGUACCUGCUGUUCAUGUUACAUUCUCUGAGAAAGAGCCAACCAGGGAACCACACAAUGCUAAACAACCACCCCCAAAAGAGAGUUGUGUUCAUGGCCUGCCUCCUCAGGGUACUCAGAGCUUCAAUGUUCUCUCUCACAAAGAAAAUGACAAAAAUAAAAGAAAGAUUAAUAGAAAUAAAUAUUCAUCCAAAUCUAAAAUUAAUAACAAGCUAAAGAUGACUAAAGACUUCAUUGUUUCUGAUGAGAUUACCACAAAACAUAGUGCCAAGAGUCAGAUUUUUCCUUCUUUAGAACUGCCACAGGUGAAAUCUGAGACUUCCCUGAAGUGUCAGAAGAAAAACCCUCAAGGAGAAAAAGGCCAUUUUCCUCAGAGUGCUCAGAAACUCAAAAAGCAAAGUUUCUCCUGCAGUUGCAAAAACUCAGUUGAGUUAAAGAAAAGUGUUACUCCACUUUCUCUGCCACACGUACCAUCUGCCUUAGAUUUUGGAGACCUGAAAUACAGUGACAUGUUCAAGCAAAUCAACUCAAAUGACCAAGGCCCUGGGAUUUAUGAAAUGUUUGGAACUCCUGUGUAUUCCCACGUGCGGGAGCUCGAGCGACAUGAGAGCAGGUUUUAUAAAAGUGUUUGUUCUGCUCCCUCAGGGAGAGGCACUGUCAGCACCUGCAGAUGUACCUGCGCCAAAGGGAGAGAGAGCAGCAGGGUAAGAAACACUCCAAAGAAAACACAUCCCAAGCCAAAGAAGACAAAACCUGUCACUAAACAAAAGCAGAAAGGUUCAAUCCCAAAGGAUGGAAGUACUAAGUUGAGUGACAGCAACACAGAGCAAGAUAAUGUGGUAACUUCUGAUGCAGAUUUUCAAACAAACACGUCAAGGAGCACGGCACUGUCUCAUGGAGACACAGAUCACCAGCGUAUGUUGUUAGAAGGGCUUUCGCAGUCAACUAAGCAAAAUGAAAUAUUUUCAAAUUCAAACUUAUCGACUAUCAAAGAAGUUACUUUGGAGCAGUCUUUAGACAGCCAGGAUGUAUCCAACCAUCAGAGAGCUUCUCCCUGUAGCCAGAAUCUUCUUCAGCUCAGUGAUGAAGACUGCAGAGACUGUGUUGUUCCGAGGAGCAGUCUGCUAACAGCAGACCAGAACAUCUGUGUAUCCCAGUGCAGAGGGAAUAUGGAUGGUGGCAAAGGCCUGGAAUCAGACCAGGCCUCCUUCAAGUCUGUCAAUAAGUGUGAAGCAUCACCCUUUUCAGAUAGACUGGAGUGUCAAUCCCCUACAGAAAAAUCAAAUCACAGUUGGGCAAACACACUCCAAAGUAGUAUUUUGGCAAAUGAAUUGACUCAGCCUUCAGUGACUGGGACAAAAAGUCCUAAAAGCCCCAGUUUCCAAACAAGUCAAAACACUUUGUCCUGGACAGAUAAAGAUGUGACUGAUGAGUUGCUUUGUUGCCUGGCUGAAGAAUUGCUAAUGCUUGAAGAAAAGGACAUGAACUCUACGAGAACAAAAAAUACAGGUUCUGAGGUGCAAAACACACGUACUGAAGAAGAAAAUAUGAUUAGUGGAGAUGGAGCAAUAGUAAAUAAUGCACUAGAGAAGAGUUGCAGUAAAGCCUUUUUGGCACCAAGUGAAGAAAGUGGCCUUCUAAAUUUAGAUGAAUCUACUAAAUUUCCAGGAAGCAGCUUAACCACCAAGGAUCCUAUCAUGUGGACAAGAGGGGAAGUCCUUGGAAAGGGAGCCUAUGGCACAGUGUACUGUGGUCUGACCAGCCAGGGACAGUUAAUAGCUGUAAAACAGGUUGUUUUGGACACAUCAGAUCAACUCACUACAGAAAAGGAGUACCAGAAGUUUCAUGAGGAAGUUGAUCUCUUGAAGACAUUGAAGCACGUCAACAUUGUAACUUACUUAGGGACUUGUCUGGAACACAACAUUUUAAGCAUUUUCAUGGAGUUUGUUCCUGGUGGCUCCAUUUCCAGUAUUAUCAAUCGCUUUGGCCCGUUGCCAGAAGUUGUCCUUUGCAGAUACACCAGGCAAAUUCUCCAGGGGGUUGCCUAUUUACACGCCAACUGUGUGGUGCACAGAGACAUCAAGGGCAACAACGUGAUGCUCAUGCCCAGUGGGACGGUGAAGCUCAUUGACUUUGGCUGUGCCAGGCGCUUGGCCUGGAUCGGCCCCGGCGGCACCCGGAGCGAGACGCUGCGGUCCGUGCACGGCACUCCCUACUGGAUGGCUCCGGAGGUGAUCAGUGAGUCUGGAUACGGGAGGAAAUCAGACAUCUGGAGCGUCGGCUGCACCGUGUUUGAGAUGGCAACAGGAAAGCCGCCCCUGGCUUCCAUGGGCAGGAUUGCAGCCAUGUUCUACAUCGGGGCCCACAGGGGGCUGAUGCCUUCCCUUCCCGAGGGAUUCUCCAGCGCUGCCAUGGAUUUUGUGCGUGCCUGCUUAACCAGGGAUCAACAUGAACGCCCCUCUGCUCUGCAGUUGCUGGACCAUCCCUUUGUGAAAGGAAGACAGUGAAUUUUUCAAAACUCUUGCCAAGUACCAAAUACCUGAUCACCACAAUGGAACGGGAGCAAAGGAAACAAAUGAGGCUUCAGACUUUCAAGCAGUCUGUUAUUUGACUGAUUUGAUGAAAACCAGCAAUGUUUAGCCAAUAACUGAAAGAGGACCUUUGUGUUUCCAACUUUGUAAAAAUUCAACAUAGGAAAAUGGGAUCAUUUCUGCACAAUAGAGGUGAGGUAGGGAAUUUUAUUGAAAAUACUUUUUUUUUUUACAAGUUCUUAGAAAUAAAGUUUUUUCUAAUCUCACACAAAUGGCUGUACCUCAAAAAUGCAACUAAGCUAUUAUGAAACAUUUAUAUUUA